AUGCCUCAUCAUGGCGUUUUUAGGCCAGAAAGUAGUACUACAAAAUUACGCGUUGUUUUUAACGCAUCAGAGGCAACGUCAUCUGGACAAUCGUUUAAUGAUAAUUUGUAUUCAGGAUCUGUUGUCCAAGAUGAUUUGUUUGCUAUUUUGUUGAGGUUUCGAAAACAUUCUAUAGUUUUCACCGCCGAUAUAAAAAAGAUGUAUCGUCAAAUUUGGAUACAUCCAGAUCAGUGUGAUUUACAAUGUAUUUUAUGGAAAGAUUUAGAGGAAGAGAAAUUACGUGUAUUUAAGUUGCUCACUGUUACCUACGGAACCAAAUGCGCUCCUUACUUGGCGACCAGAGUACUAAAACAAAUAUGCUGUGAUGAGCAGAACAACUAUCCUUUAGCCGCUGCUGCUGGCAAAAAUUUUUACGUCGACGAUAUACUCAGUGGUACCGAGGAUUUAUCUUCUGCCAUUGAACUACAAAACCAGUUAAUACAAUUGUUAAAAUCAGCUGGUAUGGAGCUUCACAAAUGGAGCUCAAAUAAUCCUGUUUUGUUACAAAAUGUCCCAACGUCGGACCGAGAAUACAAUUUCGAUAACCCCAACUCAGCUACUUUAAAAACUUUGGGAUUACUAUUCAAUCCUGAAAAGGAUACAUUUAGUUUUAGUGUUCAAAAAAUUGUGAGACCUGCAACAAAAAGAACAAUGCUAUCGGACAUAUCCAGAUUGUUUGAUCCUUUAGGCCUCUUAGGACCUUUGAUAAUCACAGCGAAGAUGUUCUUGCAGAAGUUGUGGAUUUUGAGAAUUGAUUGGGACGAUGAAGUUCCCUUACACUUAAAUAGAGAGUGGGAAAAAUUUAGUUCUGAAUUGAGUCAAUUGAAAAAUGUAAACAUAGAUCGUCAUGUGGUAUGUUCUAAAGUUCUGAAAGUAGACCUGAUAGGCUUCGGAGAUGCUUCGAAAAAUGCAUAUGGUUGUGCUGUCUACACCAGGUCUUUGUCAAGGUCUGGUGAGAUAAAGGUGUCACUCUUAUGCAGCAAAUCUCGAGUGGCUCCCAUCAAAGAAAUUAGUAUCCCACGUUUGGAGCUGUGUGCAGCGGAUUUGCUUUCCAAGCUUACCGUUAAGGUUCUGUCAUCCUUGCAACUAGACAUUGAUGGAGUACAUUUGUACUCGGACUCCACUGUGGUGCUUGCUUGGAUCAAAACUCCACCUACAUCGUUGAAAACUUUUGUGGCUAAUCGAGUCGCUAGGAUUCAAGAGUAUACUAAGAACUUCCAAUGGCAUUAUGUAAAUACUGCUGAGAAUCCUGCGGACUUGAUAUCACGAGGAGUUUUCCCUUCAAAGAUCCAACAGUUGGACAUUUGGUGGAAUGGACCGUCUUUUCUUUCAUCUAGUAGCUGUCCAAACUUCAAUGACGAUCCUGGUGUCUCAGAUGAUGAAUAUCUUCUUGAGGUGAAAAGAACUGCAAAGAACUCUGAACUGAAUAAUGAUCCUAUGAUUAAUCUUUCCAUUUCCCAACCAAUUGCACCUUCUCAAAUCAUGGGCAAUUUGCCCAAGGAAAGAGUGUCUCCAGAUUUUGCUUUUAAUUGUGCUGGUGCCGAUUUCUGUGGGCCGUUUUAUAUUAAGAAUAAGGCUCAGCGUAAAGCUGUUCAUAUAGAAAUUGUUUCAGAUUUGACUUCUGAUUCCUUUAUAGCGACUUUAAAACGAUUCAUGGCUCGAAGAGAAGUUUUGGGCUUGUUUGAGGAUGAAUUGUUUGAUUGGGGGGAUGUUCAGAGCUUUAAUGAUUUCCGCAUUUCUGAUGAACCAUCUGGCUCUGACUAUCAACCUUAA